AUGUACGUACUUUGUUACACAUAUAUACUGUAUAUUACUACUAUUUAUAUAUUCAAACCCUACACCCCUUUCCCUAAACAAUUAGCACCUGUACCCCCAAAACAUGUCAAUGAGUUCCUUCUGGUGAACACAACGUGGGCGCACAUCCAACUGGACGCCUGGCAUUCAAACGGCUGUCCCAUCAAAGAGUUUCUCAUACGAUAUCGAGUGACUAAAUACGAGACCGAGUGGUCGGAAGUGUCGGCACAGGUUUGGCCCCAGGAGUCCAGCAUUGAACUGCUGGGGCUGAGCCCCGGGCACUGGUAUCAGCUCAACAUUAAAGCGGUGAACGAGGCCGGAGCCGGCGAACACACCUAUCACUUCGCUACGCUUACAGCUCAGGGAGGCACAGUAUCGCCGCUAUCGGAAAGGGAGCCCCCAUUAGGGGGGUUGGAGUCGAUCACAAUUGUGAUACCUGUGAUAUGUUCGGUGAUUGUGCUCACA